AUGUCAUCCAGCUGCAAGUCGAGAAUUCCGGAGCGCGUUAAGCACUCGCUGACGGCGCUGCAUGGCCCGAAUUCGCGGAUUUCGCGGGUCCGCAGCCCGGUUCGUUCGAACCGGUGUUCACUGUUCCGCUCCCGGUUGCCGCUGCCGAUCAGGACGCUGGCAAUGGCCCUGGUCAGCGAGAUGGCGCAUCAGCCGGAAGUGCCGAAGCCGAAGCCGCGGGCAAGGGAAACGGAAACGGAAGCGGUGAUCCGUUCGCUGGUGCGACGCUCGAUUCCGCCAGCGGUGCGGGGCAAUCGCACCUCCUUCCGCCGCAUCCAAAUGGCCCACAGCCUGCCGCAGGUGGCCAGUGUUUCGCUGGUAAUGAAGCCGUCCGCCAGUCGGUGGGAGAAUCAGCAUCAGCCAAGUCAGAAUCAACAGCUCCAGCCGCCGAAUCAACCCGGAUCAACCGAACCAACGGAUCGAACCGAGGACGAUGAGAUUUCCGCGAAGAGUCUGCUCGAAUUGGUGGCCGGCAAAUGGCAGCCGGACAUGCAAACAAUGCGCUUUCUGUGCAGCGAUCAUCGGCUGAUCAAUGUGCCCAGUCGGCUGAUGAACCGCCACUCGGUGGUGAUGGACCGCCUGGAGGCGCUGGAGCAGCCCAUCGAGCUGAGGGCCAUUCGAUCGGUCACCCUGCUCCGCGUGGUCAUGUGGAUGCAUCAGAAGAGCCUGAGCGGUGAAGUGCCGACUAGCAGCGAUGACGCCGAUAAACAGAGUUGUAUUUGCGAUAAUCAAAGUAAUGCCAAAGGAAACGGAAAUGAAAAUGAAGAAACAAAUACCAGCACCAUGGAAAAUGAUAUGUACAGCGAUAGUGGAAGUGAGGAUAGCGACGACAGUUCCACAGAAGUAAGUGAGAGCACUCAAGAAAUCGUGACGAGCACCACGGAAACAAUAGAAAGUAUCAAAUAUCAAAUAUGCAGGGGCUACACAAGAAGCAGAUACGAAAGUACCGAUAGCACACUGAUUAGGAAUCGAAUACAUAGGCCCUAUAGUAGAGGCGGCCUAGAGAGUGACGACGAGAACAUUUGUGAGAACUAUGAGAACGCAGAGAAUUUAAGGUAUAGAAAACUCAAUGGCUACACGGAGGGCGGAAACUCCAAACUGAAUGCAAAUGGCAGCGGAAGCGACAAGGAAAGUGCAAUUACCAAUAGAUAUGCCAGCAGUCAGCAGGAUCGUUUUCUAAUCAGUCCCAAGGAUAGUGGAAUUUUCAGGGAAAAUAGUGGAAGAAACAAUCAUAACGGGAUGGAGAAUGGCAAGGAAAAGGGAUAUAUCGAGGGUGAAUUAAGUGAACAUAUUACGUUUCGUAACAGCAGUAGCCAAAAGAAGCCAAAUUUAAGUCAUAGCAAUGUAAAUGUAAAUGUAAAUUUAAGUGAAAAGACAGGUAUGACACUUUGCGCACAAAAAGUGGCGCCCAACGUGGGGCAAAACCAGAGAAGUGAACCGAGCUCCUGGGAGCAGCGGCUGUUGGGCAGCGAACUCUACCAGCUGGUGGAGCUCAUCCUGGCGGCCCACUACCUGGGCAUCAAUGCCCUGACCCUGCUGGCCACCCACCACUUCGGCGAGCUGAUGGCCCAGCGGACGCGAUCGGAGCGAUGCCUCAUGCUGCGCAUUCGCAACCAUUUGGCCGGCGUGCGUCAGACGCUGGACACCCAUCGUCCGCUGAUCAGGGAGAUAGUGACGCAGGCGGAGGCAGCCAGCAACUGGAUGAGGCAUCGAAGGACAACCGGAGGUCCUUUCCUUUCCCCCAUGGAGCCACCCUUGCUGCUGGCCAACAACAGGCAUCGCCACCACCAAAACUGUUUCCACACCAGGAUGCGACAGGACAAGUACGACUACGACUACAACUACAGCUGCGACUACGAGUACAAGGACAAGUACAAGUGGCUGACACGAGCGGGCAAUGAAUCCGUCAAGUGCUUGGGCGGCAUGGAGACAUUUAAUCUCUCUAUCGAUUUACCACAGAUUUCAGAUGCCGAGAGCUAA